CUCUCAGUGAAUGUAAUUGUUCCGAAUAACACAAGUAGAAGAACAAAUACAUAUGUAACUCAUGUUCCAAGAGAACCAACGGAAGUUACGAAUAUUCCAAAAAAGCGAACUGCUUCUGAAGUCGGGGAGAUUCUAGAAUCGUCCAGGAAGUCCGAAGUUACCGACAUUCUGAAAGAGGCUAUGGAUAUAGCAAACAUUGGUGUGGAUGAAGCAAUGGUGGGGACGGUGACACUGGCAGCGUCCCUGGAAAGGAAACUCGGGAGCUUGUUGUUCUUACUCCUUUCUGCUGGCUGGCUAAUACCUCAAUGGAUGCGUUUGCUAGAGAGUUUGAAAAGUUUGCCAAGGGUCCGGAUUCUGAUGUUGUCGCAAAGCAGCAGUCGGUGACACCACAGACCACAGAUGGUGUCUCGCGCAAAACGUUGGAGACGACAUCGUCAACGGUGACACCACAGACCACAGAUGGUGUCUCGCGCAAAACGUUUGAGAGGACAUCGUCAACGGUUCCAAAAGUCAUCCCUAAGACCGUCACAGACCCAGUGGUCCUUGAGGACACUACAAAAGUAACCAAAGUCACCCCACAGGACACUACAGACAUCCAGGAAAACAUGGACACUCGACACACCCAACAGGACAUUAAAGGUUCCUCACAAAACACGGAGCCGGAGGAUAUCCCAAUGGCCGCUGAGAGCUUCCCACGGCUCCCUGAUGAGACCCGGCAGCUUGAGCACCCUCUGAAAGGCACUGUGGGUACUCCAGAGUUCCCUGUGGACUCGACACAGGACAAUGACACCCCUCAGUUCACUGAAGACCCCCCACAGAAUACACAGGACAUAAGACACCUCACAGAGGACACCCUGAAAGUCACUUUCACUGAGGUCACCCCACAGGCUACUGAGGACCGCACAAAAGCCACUGUGGAUACUCCAGAGGCUGUGGACACACUACCACAGAACAUAGAGGAGGACAGCUCGGAGGGAAUUGAGGAUAGCCGGAAAGUUACUGUCGACAGCCAGGAAGUUACUGUCGACAGCCAGGAAGUUACUGUCGACAGCCAGGAAGUUACUGUCGACAGCCAGGAAGUUACUGUCGACAGCCAGGAAGUUACUGUCGACAGCCAGGAAGUCACUGUCGACACUGUAGACAGCCAGGAAGUCACUGUAGAUACCUCUGAGCACAUUGAGGACGCCCUACAAAUACAUAACACUGCAGACACCCUACAGCUCACAGUGGAUGCCCCAAUGGUCUCUGAAGAGCUCACCAAGGACACACGUGGUGCCACACAGAACAAUGGGGACACGCCACAGCUCCAUGAGGACACACCGGUCACUGAGGACACCCUAAGAGUCCCUGAAGAGAUGUCACAGGAACCCAAAGACACCUCAAAGGUCAGCAGAGAUACCCCAAUGGUCUCUGAGGACACCCUUAAAGUACAUGUGGAUACUCAAAAGGUCCCAGAGGACACCCCACAGAACAUACAAGUCAAUGAAGACACCUCAAUGGUUACUGAAGACACCCCACAGGACACACUGUACAAUUCACUGGUCAACCCGAAAGUCACUGAAAGUGCUCACACUCCAAAGGUCACCCCAAGAGUCCCUGAAGACGCGUCACAGGACUCCGAAGACCCCUCAAAAGUCACUGAAAACUCUCCACAGAAAACACAGGACACCCCAACUGUCUCUGGGGAUAUCGGACAAACUCCUGGAGAUGGCACCCCACAGGAAAAUGAGAACAGCCCACUGGCAUAUCGCUGUAGUCUCUGCAACAAGGUUUUCAAAGGCAAACGUGUUAUAGCCCACGCCAUGUACCACUUCCGCAGGGACCAAUGUAUGUUCUGUAGGAUGCUGUUCAAAAACGACCUGCUCGCUAUGAUGCAUCUGUCCCAGCACAUCGACAAGUUGAAAAAAGGAAACCUACCGCCUGAUAUUGAGGAGGUCCGUGAGAACUGUAAAGCUGGGAUGUCAGACACGCCUGAACGCUCAACGCAGAGGGGGAGACGGGGACGCAAGAGGAUCCCUGUAAACUCCACAGAGUCAACACCUCCAGAUUACAGGAAGCUACGGUCCACCAAUAGGAUCUCCUCUAUAAACUCCUCUGAGUUGACUCCACCGGAUCGCAGGAAGCUACGGUCUAACCCUAAUCUACUGUCGACCAAUAGGCUCUCAACUGACUCUCAACCUUCACCAGAUACUAAACUUGCAACAGAAGAGUCUGAAGGCAAGCAGUGGACACAGAGGGUCAAUGGACAGAGGGGCAGAAGACGAGUUAAGGUUGAAGGAACUGAGGGUGAUGGUGAUACUCAGGCAGAGGAACAAGAAAAGAUCAGUAGGAGGCAAGAGGAGGAGCACUCGGCUCUGGAACAGAGGGAAGAACCCGUGGAGAUCUCUACUUCUCUGGCGAAGACAUCGACAGGUGAACAAGGGGGAACCUGCUCCUCUCCUCUGAAACAGUUUUUGGAAGAAGAGGAGAAACCCUGUUCCUCGGUAAAGACCAUGGAGGACAACACAGAAUCUCAGGCUGUAUCGGUAACACAGGGCAGGCUUUCAGUUUCACCUCUAGAGACCUCAGUUCAGGGUAAGGAGACUCCCGGCAUCUGCCCUGUGGAGGGAUGCACAGAGAUAUUCACUGGAAAACGGCGUUCUCUCCUCGGACAUAUUCUGGACGAUCACCGCGGCGACGCCAAACCCUUGGAAACGACGUUCCUUCACGGGAAUGGCAAAUGCAAUAUUUGCAAGAAACCUGUUUUGACUUUGCAGCAUUACCAGCACCACAUUUUAUGGCACAAAGGAAUUCCCAGGCAUCCCUGUCUACAUGAUGGAUGUAAAGCCCGGUUCAGUGCAGCGACAGAAAUGAGGAACCACGCGAAGACCCAUCAGCCGCUCCUGGCAGUGUGCUGCUUCCCAGGUUGUCGGGAGCGCUUGGCUUGUCUUCCGGAGCUGAACCGCCACGAACAAGAGCACUAUCGUCUUCCAAAGGAAGGGAAGGAUGAAUCGGUUUCCUCUACCCUUGUCACCAAUACCACCUCUGUUAACGUGAUUAAACCGUGUAAGACGAGGAGGAAUAAGCUACAGAAGAUGCAGGGUGUUAAGAGACGAUGGCCUCUUAGAGAAAAGGAGGGAUCGGCAACUGACCUCACUACUACUGUAAAGGUAACCAGGAAGUAUGACUUGACCAAGAUGUUAAAGAAAACACAGGUCGUAAAGAAACGGCAUGUUCAUAGAGACAAGGAUCCUCGUACUACUGACCCCUCUACCGUCUCUCUAAAGGUAACAAAUACGUUGAGGAAAUUGCAGGUUAAGAGGAAAUCGUGUGUUGGUAAGAAAAUGGACGCUCCAAACACUCCCGUCACCACGUCCAAUGAAAAAGCUGAGCAAGCGAGCAAGAAGUUAAAAAUGAUUCAAAAGGUAAAGAAAGCGUGGGCUGUAAAGAGACAGAACGUUAGCGAAGACAAUUAUGCCCCAACUGGUCCAACCACCUCCACCACGAUUACCGCCACUGAAAAAGUUACCGAAAAGCUAAAAAUCAUAAACAAGUUGAAGAAAAUGAGAGUUAUUAAGAAACCGAACGUUAGCAAAGAAAAGGAUACCCAACUGGAUCCAGCCACCGACACAAAAGUGACAGAAAAGUUAAAGAAAACGCAACUUGUAAAGAAACCGAGUGUUGGAAAAGACCCCAGGAAGAUGUCAAGCGUUAGCACAGACGAGGACACCCAACCUGUUCCUCCCACCGUCACUCCGAAAGUCAGCGAGAAGUUACCCGUGGUGACCGAGAAGUUAAAGAAAACACAAGUUCUAAAGAAACAAAGAGUUAUCAAGGAAUCCAAGAGGCCUGUUGGCAAAGAACCCAGGAAGACCUCCAAAAAACCUGUGAAGUCAAAGACCUCUGGUCCAGAGAAACAUGAAGUCACAGAAGAAGUAGGAAGUACAUCAAAGGAAGAAGAUGAUAAACCAUUGGUGGAAACAUCAGACUCAACAGCUAGCAGUGUCUGUGACCAGAAGAUGGUUAACGGACACUUAAAGGACCUCCCUAAAGAAUCGCCAAAAUACCAGAGAAGUCUUAAAACAAGUACAGUUUCCAAAUCCAAGAAAUGUGACCCACGAAACCAUAAACCUGCUACUCCCAAAGCCCCUACAAAUACCCCCAAAGCCCCUACAAAUACUCCCAAAGCCCCUACAAAUACCCCCAAAGCCCCUACAAAUACCCCCAAAGCCCCUACAAAUACCCCCAAAGCCCCUACAAAUACCCCCAAAGCCCCUAUCAAGGAGGAAGCGAAAAACUCAACUUUCUUUGGGAAGAUUAACAACAGGCCAUACAUCCGGCCUCCACCCACGGCCUACCUAGACGAGCGGUACACCACCAUGCCAAAACGCAGGAAAGAGAUGUCCUGGACCCCUCGCUUCUCUCCGGUGCGCCCAGACCUCGUGGUGGAGGCGUCGGGGACCACGGCGACACCGUCCGUCCGUAGGCAGCGCUGUGCCAAGUGUUUCUUGUCCUUCGACAGUGGAGAAGAGUUGCAGACGCACGUCUCGCUGAAGAAGUGUACAACCCUUUUCGGCUUCGACUCAGACGAGGACAGUAGCUCGUGAAAGCUGAUAGACAAGAGGACAUGUUUGGAUGUGCUGCUAGGGAAGGGGGGGGUGUGGGGGCUGUUGAACCCCCUCCGAAACCUGCUAGGAGUGUUGAACCCCUUUCGACCCUGCUACCUUACUGAGGGACGACCAGGGUUUACAGUCUAACAUGACUUGCUGGCUAGUCUGGGACAGCCAUGCCAGGCCUCCCCUUGUGACUGAGGCUGGCAAUCUGAGGCGGCUACAACAGGAGACGCCUCUCAACCCUGCUACCCUUUUAUCGAAGAGGAUUCUUAAAGUGUUAACUCUUUUACAUGACUUGCUGACUAGCCUGGGAUGUGACUGAAGUUGGCCGGUUGGCUACAGCAGAAGACGGAGAACAGUGAAAGGGUUGUGACCAUUCUUCCAUGUUCUGUCUCCCAUGGUCAUAGGAGUGACCUACGACCUUUGAACCCUGACCUCAAAUCCAAAGUUCAAGGGGUCUUUUGGGCUGACCGAUUUUGAUUCGUCGACCAGGAAGCGUCAACCAGGAAGCGUCUCUAAACUAAAGCCUGAAGGACUUAUGAGGCGGACACUAUGAGACCUGGCCGGAUAGUUAAUAUAUUCUUUGUUUUUAUUUGUUUUUGACCGUAUUUACUUUGGAUUGAAGAAGUGCCUGGAAUCCAACCUGCUACUUCCUGCUUCUCUUCUAUUGGUCAAUGGUCCAGGGGUUUCCUCCCAAUUUGGCAUCUUAUUCCCUCUAUAGUGCACUACCCUAUGUGAGCCCUGGUCAAAAGCAGUGUACUAUUAAAAGGGAAUCAUUUGGGCCACGGAGACUUAUUGCCGGGGUCAAGGAAUGACGAAGAUGUGAGAACUGAUGUUAUGCAGGGAUGUUAACUAUACAAAAUGUUCAAAUAUUUAACACACACUAACAAAUUUUAUUUUAUAUUGCUCAUCUUUUUGCUAUUGCACUUGUCACUUAAACCCAAAACCCUCCCUAGUGAGUUUAACCAGUCAAACUGCCAAGAGGAAAGAGGCUCCAAAACCUCUUCUAUGGAUUAUAUGUCUACGACCCACAAUGCAACAACGUGUAUAUUUAGAUAUCGUGUUGUUAGGCAACCGGUAACUGUCCAAAUAAAGGAAACCCUUGAGUAAAUGAGGGGAUACAGAAGUUUAUAUAUGUGUGGGGUGCCAUUUUCCUGGCAUGGGUCCAGGUCCACUUGUAGAAUCUAUGUCAAGGUGCAUUGAAGCUGUUCUGGCAGCUCGUGGUGACACCUAUUUAAGAAAUUUAUGUAGGUGUUUCCUUUAUUUUGGCAGUUACAUGUAUUUGAUCCAAUUUGAACCAGUUAUGAUUUUUGAUUUUUUUUUUUACUAUUGAUCCUCUGUGACUAAAUUCUGUUCAUUGAGAGCAUGCUCCUGUGAUUGGAUACUCUUUUUUUAUAACUUAAUAUUAUUUUAUAUAUAUUUUUUUGGCUUCUUGGGGUCCAGCCCCUGACUCACACCAAUUGACCCAUCACAUUUAUUUAUUAUGCAGUUUAUUUUAUUAAAUCAGUUACCCAAUCAAGGCAGGGCCCCGCACAGUUACCUGCCGCCUCCUCCUCUCCCCUGUCUGAUAAUUAGCAGAGCGGCAGCAGGCUGUCUAAAACUCAUUGACAGCGGGCUCCUGAAUCCUCCUGUGGUUGGCGGUUGCAGUAAAUAAAUAUCUCUAUCUAAUAUAUACUGUAUAGAAGUGUCUUGCCCCCCCCCCCCACAGGCCUGGGCCCAGGGGCUUCAGCCCCGGUAAGCCCCUGCAUUAAUCCGGCCCUGUAUGUAGGGAACAGGUUGCCAUUUGAGACCAUUGUGUCUGCAAUGUGCAAAGUGUCUUUCAUUUCCAUAUUACUGCUUAAAUUUACUAUAAUACAAAACAAUAACCUGUUUGAACAUAUUUUUCCAUCAGGACUAAACAACAACAUCAACAACCUGUUUGUUUUUUUUGUAUUAUAUGUGACUUUAAUCCAUAUUAUAGUUUAAUGCACAUUUUUAGUUUCACUCUUUGUAUAUCUGUCUGGGAUGAGUUGACGCGAUGUCAGUCGGUCUCCACACAACCAGAACUACGCUGUCAGCUGUUGUUCAAUGUAUGUCCCUGUCCCAAACGGUUCCUUGUGUACUACUUGGGACCAGGGACCCCAUUUGGGUUAACUAUAAGGAAUAGGCCAGGGGCCCCAUUUGGGUUAACUAUAAGGAAUAGGCCAGGGGCCCCAUUUGGGUUAACUAUAAGGAAUAGGCCAGGGGCCCCAUUUGGGUUAACUAUAAGGAAUAGACCAGGGGCCCAUUUGGGUUAACUAUAAGGAAUAGGCCAGGGGCCCCAUUUGGGUUAACUAUAAGGAAUAAGCCAGGGUGCUACUUGGGACUCAUAUUGUAUAAAAGAGGUUAGGAACUUGUUACGUGUAUUAAUCUGACCCAUCUGUCCCCAACCAACAUCGCUGCGUUCAGAAACCAGUGUGUUGAUAUUGUCUAUUGCUCAACACAUGGAAGAGACUAAACGCUUCUAUGAGCUUCUGACAUCACUUUCUUUUUUUUUUUUUUUUUGAAAAGAGAAAUAUCUAUUGUGAUGUCAGCGAGGCGGCAGCCCACCGGGCGGUGACUGACUGUUCUACUGAACCCAACAGAACAGUGGCAGCAGGUGUAAUGUAUUAUUCACAUGGGGUUUUUUCUAUUUGGCUCCUGUAAAUAUGUGAUGUUCGAAUGGCUUAUUAUUUACUGGGUGUUUUGAAACGGGUUUAUAGAUCAUCAAGUUCUUGGUGUAAAAUAAUAAAAACACAUGUUAUUAAACUGGUAGAAGUCGA